AUGCUCGUGCUCCGACGCGCGGCAGGCGCUCCGUCGCGGUCUGCUCUCGGGACGUCACGGGUCGCACGUCCUCGACGCGCGCAGGAACGUGGCGUGACCUUUGAGCACCACGGCUGCACGCCCGACGUCGCCGCCGCGGCCUUCUGCGCGUCGACGGCGUCGGUCGUCGGCGACGUCGCGCUCGCCCGCGACGCGUCGGUCUGGUACAACUGCGUGCUCCGCGGCGACGGCGCGGCCAUCCGCAUCGGCGCGCGGUCGAACAUCCAGGACGGCACUGUCGUCCACGUCGACAGCGACCGCCUCGGCGCCAAGGGCUCGCGCCCGACGAUCGUCGGCGAGGACGUCACCGUGGGCCACAUGGCCCUCCUCCACGCGUGCACGCUCGGCGACCGCUCCUUCGUCGGCAUGAGCGCGACGGUCAUGAGCCACGCGACCAUGGAGGAGGACUCCAUGCUCGCGGCGGGCAGCUUGCUCACGGGCGGCAAGACCGUCGGCGCCGGCGAGCUCUGGGGCGGCCGGCCGGCCAAGUUCAUGCGCCGCCUGAAGCCCGGCGAGAUCGACUUCAUCGUCGAGUCCGCCGCCGCCUACGUCGACUUCGCCAGGUCGCACGCGCCGGGCGACGCGUAG